AUGGCAGGAGCCCGAAUCCGCGCGCCCCAGGACUCCGCAACUCCCACCGCACAAGCCUCAUCCACACCCACAGCCGCGCAACCCACAAUCACACUCGCCCUCUCGACAACCUUCACCCCACCCGCACAAUGUACAGCGAACCGCAUCACCAUCCUGCCGCCGCCAGGCUACUUCAUGUGGGCGAACGAACCCGUGCCGUACCCAAACACGACCGUCUCGGACUGCUACCCCAGCGAAUUCCUACGUAGCUACACAUCCAUGUCAGCCGGCGCGACGGGGUCCUCCAUCGUGCCCGUCAUGAGCCCGCUAGUGUGUCCGCAGAACUUCUGCACCAUGUUCGCCGCGGACAAUAAUUACAUCGCGUGCUGUCCGUCCGACUACAAGUUCGCCCCACCCUCCUCCAUAGCCGUCUCCUCCCGCCCCGCCUACGGCGGAACAUGCUACAGCGACUUCACCGUCUCCUCGACCCUCACAGCGCUGAAAUACAACUCCGAAGGCUCCACCGGCACCGAGCCCUGGAUCGCAUCAAAAACCGGUAUACAAGCAUACGCGCACCCGAUCGACGGAUUUGCGCCGCACUCCCCCUCGCUCGGCUGCGCACUCAACACCUCCUCACACAGUAAAAACACCACUUCCACCUCCCUCCCCGCAUCCUCCAGCAGCAGCAGCCCCGCCCAAACCCCCACACCAUCCCACACCCCCUCCCCCGGCGCAAUCGCCGGCGCCGUCCUGGGCGCUCUAGUCGGCCUCAUCUUGCUCCUCACGCUCAUACUCUUCCUGCUGCGCCGCCACCGCCGCAAUACGACGGCUCGCAUGGAUUCGAACCAGGAGACGCAUCAGUUGUCUGAUGACUUUGCGGGUGGGAAGCCGCACGAGACGGAUGCGGGGAAUGCGCGGUAUGAGAAGGAUUCUGCGGUUGCGGCGGCGGAGAUUGGGUCGUCGGGCGGGAUGGGUAAGUAUGGGGUGGGUGGGGUGGUGCAUGAGAUGGAUGGGGGGAGGGGGGCGGAGGGGGUGCAUGAGUUGGCUGCUGAGAGGGAGGGGAGGGAAGAGGGGAAGGGGGGUGGUAGGUUGAUUUAG